CCACAGUUCUGGCGCACUGCAUCUGUCUCACUCUCUGAUCAAAAAGCACGUGUGUGAAGAGUUUUGAGUUGAAUUUAAUUGAACUCAACUAGAUUUUUAGAUUCUUCUAGAUUUUUAAAUUUAACAGACAAAACCUUAUCCUACUGAGAAAAUGUCUGACCGUGCUACCCGAAGCAGUCGUGGCGGAGGUAAGCAAUCGAAGAGGGGGAAAGCAACAGCAGCUUCGCAGCCGUCGACAUCGACCUCACCCACCAAGAAGCCUGCUGAACCUUUGGACAUGGAAAACCCACCGACAGACACCCCAGAAGAUGCAAAAGUGGAGGAGGAAGAGGAGAUAUUUCUGACUGCGAUUACACCAAGCAUCAUUACAGACGGGUCUUGUAAAACAUUUAUUUUCAAGAAUGAAGGGCACACGUUGGGGAAUGCGUUGCGAUUUGUAAUAUCUCAUUACCCUGAAGUAAAAUUUAUCGGCCACACUAUCCCUCACCCUUCUGAAGACGAGAUGCAUCUCAGAAUCCAAACCACACCAGGGACAUCAGUCGUCGACACGCUUCGUAAAGGAUUGCAAGACCUUGUCGCUGUUUGUGAACACACAGAAACUGUAUUUGACCAAGCCAUGAGCAAAUGGAAUCGGGAACACCCCGACAAGGAUUUGUUCCAAGUUCCAGCCCCUCCAGGUCCAAGACAUUAAGCUAUAAAAAAAACUUGUAAUACUUAUAUAUCCAACAUAAGACUUGCACAUUUUGUAUCUUCAUUUUACAAAGUAAAUAAUUCAUUCUAAAUCAACAA